UUUGCAGCAUAUAUUCUCACAUAGUAAUAUUUUGAUUCAUGGCACUAAAACGACAGCUCCGUGAGGGGGGUGACGGCGACGGAGAUUCCCAACUCGGGAAUAAACGUCGCCAUUUACUCUCAACUUUAUUCAGCAGAUUUCGGAAUCCUGAAGAAUUUGUUCCCAUGUUGGAACCGAUCCUUCGAAAAUGGGUGAAAGAGGAGGUGGGGCGUGCAAUUGAUCCUUAUUUGAGUAGAUCCUUGGAUGCUCAAAGUGAGAGGAAUCUGCAUUUGAAGUUCGAGAGCAGCUUGCCCACCACUCUGUUUACUGGAAACAGGAUUAGCACAAAAAUCGCCUUGUAUGAUCCAAGUUGCCAAUCGAUUGUAGCGUCAGGUCCCCAUUCUUCGAUCAAAGUGGCUGUGGUGGCGCUCCACGGCGACUUCGCCGCGGACGACGAGUGGUCGCCGGAGGAGUUCGAGGCCAAGAUUGUGCAGAGCAGGCAAGGGAAAAGGCCACUGCUGAACGGAGAUUCCGUGGUGGCGCUGAAGAACGGAGUAGCGAACAUCGACCACAUCUGCUUCACGGAUAACUCCAGCUGGGGUAGGAGCGGCAAGUUCCGGCUGGGCGUCCGGCUGCCUCCCGGCUCUCACGAACCAUGCGUCAGAGAAGGCGUAAGCAACGCCUUCAAAGUUAAGGAUCAACGCGGAGAAUCAUAUCAGAAGCACCAUCCGCCGUCGUUGGAUGAUGAGGUGUGGCGGUUGGAGAAGAUAGCGAAAGGUGGGGCGUACCACACACACCUCACCAAGCUCGGCAUUGCCAACGUGGGGGACUUCCUGAGGUCGCUUGCCUUGAACCCGAUCUCACUACGCACUGCGAUUGGUAACGUGUCGAGCAAGAAAUGGGAGGCGGUGGGACACGCCGCAGAGUGCAUUUUAGACGACAACAAAUAUGUCUACACAAGCGGCCAAGGGGCCGUGCUGCUGUUCAACUCCAUCUACAGCCUCGUCGGAGUCGCAUUUGAUGGCCUCAGUUAUCUCUCUGUGGAUGCUCUCGACGCGUAUCAAACGAAAAUGGCGGAGGAACUGAAGCAGCAAGCUUUUGAAAACUUGAACGGCUUAGUUCCUCAGACUAUGGGACAAAAUACUCAUCAUGCAGCGCUGGAAAAUAUAUCGUUCGAGUUGGGAGAGAGUUCGGCUGCUGGAUUCUACAUGGCCGAAGAUUUUGAGGUCGAGUCAUAUCAUCUGCUUAUAUCUCUUUCUCAAUCAAUCUUGAGAUUAGUAUGAUUUUCUCUAAUUCUGGCAUCGUUAUUCCCCAGGAGCACUAGCUGCAAUGGUGAAGCGCAAGAUCUAAAGCAAGCUGAUGUUAAUUUGAUGCAAAUUAUUAGUUUUUGAUUUUGAAAGAUGGUCAGUAUGUGGAGUCAAGAAUUUUACUUCCAUAUUUGUUCUUGUGUCUGUCUGUCUGUCUCUCUCUUAUGAUUAAUGUUAGAGCAGCUCAAAAGAAGAUGGUGUUUCUUUAGAAUUUUCUGAGGUAAUUGUCCCAUGGCAAGGCAAGCAAUUGUGUUUGUAAAUAUUUAUCUGUUUGUCAUAUCUUACUUCAUUGGUUUGGUGAAAA